AUUUCGUAGCUUUUAUUUGCGGUAUGUCUGGGCGUGGCAAGCAGGGCGGGAAAGCGCGUGCCAAGGCUAAAUCGCGCUCGUCGCGGGCAGGCCUGCAGUUCCCCGUGGGUCGCGUCCACCGCUUGUUGCGUAAGGGCAACUAUGCGGAACGGGUGGGCGCCGGCGCCCCGGUGUACCUAGCAGCAGUGCUGGAGUACCUGACUGCUGAGAUCCUGGAGCUGGCGGGCAACGCGGCCCGUGAUAACAAGAAGACACGCAUCAUCCCGCGGCACUUGCAGCUUGCUAUCCGCAACGACGAGGAGCUCAACAAGCUGCUGGGCAAGGUGACUAUCGCACAGGGUGGUGUGCUGCCCAAUAUCCAGGCUGUGCUGCUCCCCAAGAAGACCGACAGCCAUAAAGCUAAAGCCAAGUAAAACUUGGCAAACAACCCAAAGGCUCUUUUCAGAGCCGCCCC